ACGAACUCGCUCGUUCGCUCGCCUCACACUCGCGCUUUUGUGUGCAUCUCGCUGUUUUUGAUUUGUCUGUUUUCUCGUGGGAGUGUCCGCGGACCCUUGGAGGUCUGCCAACCCUGAAGGCCUCCGAACUGUCGAUUCUGCCAGUUCUGCCGGCGGCGCGCUUUGUAGUCUCGAAUAAGCUUAGGAUUAUUUUGUGUUUUCCGUCGCAAACGUCGGGAAAAGUGCUGUCAAGUGUGCCAGCUGCGGGAAACAAACAAAGCCAGGUGACCAGGAUGCAGUCUGUUUAACGGACCAAACCCGGACGACCCCUGCCUACCUUCGGCAACACCGGAACAAUGGCUGCAGACGUGAACAAUAUCGAAAUGCUGCUGCAAUCCAUGGUCGUAACGAAAGACGAAAGCAAUGACCUGGUCUGGUGUCCGGACGCCCAGUUCGAGACCACCGUCUACAGUCUCGACUCAAGCGCGCUGCUCAACCUAGUGCAGCGAAUUCAGGAGGCGAUGGGCAGGGAGCAGGUGCUGUUUGACGCGAUUAACAAGCAACUGGCGCUGACAACCAAGGACUCGCUGAACCACAAGAACCUGAGCACUGCCCUGUGCGCCAGCCAGGCGCGCCUCGCCAGGUUGUGUGCCAGAAACAUGCGAUGCUUCAUGCAGGCAAUGAGCUCUCAGAAGCCAAAGGAUUCGAGCGAGAGCAGCACGGAGGCAGCAGCGCCGGCAGGCGCCAACUCAGGUAAGCUGCAGCCGGUGCCGCAGCCGCAGCAAAGUCAGAAUCAGGUGGGGAGCUUGGCGGCAGUGGCUUCGUCGGUGGACGGACUGAUCAGUUCGGUGAAGCGGCUGCAGACGAACCACACGGCCAUGGUGAAGAGCGCGUUCAAGCAGCCGAGCCGGCCGGCCUCGCUCAACAGCUCGGCGGGCAACUCGUCCAGCGGCGACGACAGCGACUCGCCCCUCUACGAGAACGUGCUCGACGCCGCCAACGUGUACGAGAACGUGGCUUCGUCGCCGCCGCAGCACAUUUACGAUCAACCGAAAAUCAACCCCAAAUCGGUGGUUGCAUUCGACGUCGACGACGAAGCCAUUUACGAAAACGUCGACUUCGAGAAGGCCAGCACCAGCAGCGGCGUCAGCGACGAGGCCUUCUACGAGAACGUCGGCUCUCAGAACAAGGGUGAAGAGGUCACCUACGACGUGCCCUGGAACUCGCAGCCCAUCUACGCCAACCCCGACCUGGCGGCUAAGAAGGCCAGGAAGCAGCAGGCAGUCACCGCCGAAAGUGUCACCGAGCAGCUCAAGAAGGACGUCGACCAGGAUUCGCUCGAGGACUUGGACGAACCGGACAUACCCUCGCCAGACUACGGCAGCGACGAAGACUUCCAGAGCGGAGACUUCGACUUGUCCGGCUUUUCAGACCCACCGCAAGUCGAUUUCCACCACUUCAGCAGCUCCAAUGGCAACUACUACAAUGAAGACCAAGGUCUAGCUGUGAUUCUGGAGGAGUCGGAGGAGGAGGAGGAAGAAGACGAGGACUGUUUGAGCACGCUGAGCACCGCAUCGGCGGAAUCGGCGAGCCGACCGAGCACACCUCAUGAAGUGUCCAAACUGGACGCCUCUGAGGACAGGCCCGAUGGGGAGCUGCCGAGGUCGAAAGCGAUUCCGAAAAUAUUCAUCGCGCCCCGAAAAGAAGAACCCGUCGCCGUCGCCGUCGCCGCCGCCCCAACCCCCGCUCCCGAGGAACCCGUGACCAAAAAAAUUGUCGAAGAAGUAAAAGUGGCCGAGGCGAAAAUAAUUGCGGAGCCCCAGCUAGUCAAGAGCAGUGUCAGUGUUGCUGCGGCUCAGACAAAUGAGACUGAAGCGAAGGAAGAGGCGAAAAAGGAGCCGGAAUUCCAGCUGCCCUCGGUGAAGAACCUGCGCAGCCACUUCGAAGCAGGCGGAAACAAGAGCAGCCAAAUAAACAAGGAGCCGGCGUUCGUGCCGAGGAAAUUCACAAGCAACCUUUUCAAAGCAAAGCCGCAGCCGCUCGAAAACAACAACGUCAGCAGUUUAAAUAACAACAUUGUUGUCACCGAGCCCGUUAAAUUGGUGGAGAAGGAACCUGCUGUGGAGCUUCCUGUCGUCGAGGAGGUGCGAACGGCGUCAGCGUCGCUGGUCAAGCAGGUGUCCUUCAGCGAGGCCAACAACGCGGACGACGACGAGGAUGAGGAGGAGUACGUCGAGCCCAUCAUGAAACAGUUUUCCGAGGAUUACGACGAGGAGGAGAUUCUCAAACCGAGACCAACCACCAGGUCCUGGGACCCUGCUGUCGUGUUGAAAGAAUUGUACACAUUACCUGAGCCACUGAAGCAAUCUGGCAGCGCCACUGCCAGUGUCACCAUUGAAGGCUUUUUGGAAAAGUUGCCGUCCGGAAUAAAAAAGUCGACUUACUGGAACGCGUGGAAAAGACUCUAUUUCAGGGCCAAAGACGGAGUCCUCUACUGCUACCGGAAUGACCAAACGGAAGAGGUGAAGCUCUCCCUGCAACUGAUGGGCGGCAAGGUGGAAAGUCUAGAAACUAGUUCCAGUGAGGAUGAACAACAUCCGAUGGUGUCGAAAAUGCUGGGAAUCGAUGACGGCAAAGGGCACUAUGUGGUGGUCAGGUGCAAGAACAAACAGGAAAAGGAGCGUUGGCGACUGGCGCUCAACACCCAUACCACCGAGAACUUCACCUCGACCUACGUGAAUCCAUGGCCCCUCACGAGAGAUCCCGCCCUCCUUAAAAGCACCAUCAUCAUAGACUUGGGCAGCAGUUCCACUAGAGCAGGAAUUCUGUGCAGUCAGGCAACCCUUCCUCAAAUAUUCUUCCCAACAAUAAUGGCUGUGGACAAAAUCACAAAGAAGCGGACGUUUGGUUUGGACGCCCUGAAACCGGAGGUGCGAUCGACUAGUAGCUUACACUUUCCAGUAAAGCCUUCAGCGAAAAUCACCAAGUACUCGGUGGACGUAAACGCCAUUCCAGGCCUUUUCGAAAAGGUGUUUGACGACCUGAACGUGGACCAGAGGAUGUACGACAUCAUUCUCAGCGUGCCCCGCAGCUUCAACACCAAAACGCAGACUGAAAUCGUCAACAUCCUGUUCGACAAGUUCGACGUCAACGCCGUCAACAUGACCCACCAGUCCGUGCUCGCCCUCUACUCGUACAACGCCACCAGUGGCGUCGUCGUCGACAUCGGAGAGCGCAUGGACAUCGUUCCCAUCAACGAAGGUUACAUCGUUGAAAACGGAGUUUCGCGGAUUCCGUACGGCGGCUCGCAGAUCGUGGACCACUUGCGGCACUUUUUGCACCAAAAGCAGUAUUCGCUGGUGACGGAGGUGGAGUCGUUCCUCAUCAGAUACGUGCUCGAGAAUCUCUGCUUCAGCGCGCAGCACUACAACACGGAAAUGCAGAAAUUCAGGGAGGACGCGACCGCUGUCGAACAGUCAGUCAGCAUCAAGCAGUUCUUCGAUGACACAAAUGUCCACUGGGAGAGCAUCACCCUUGACUCGGGUCGAUUCCAGUCAACAGAAGGGCUUUUCAACCCUGACGCCUGGGGUCUGGACAAUCUCGGCGUCCACAAACUCGUUCACAAAGCAAUCAGGGAAUGCAGCAUGGAUGUGAGGAAAGAGAUGACGCGAAGCAUCUACCUGUCAGGUGGAGUGACCAUGCUGCCUGGAUUUGCGGAACGACUUCACGCGGAAGUCGACAAAGUCACGCCGAAAUCGCUUCAACCCAAGGUUCACGCAUCUCCAUACCGCUACCACGCGUCCUACAUCGGUGCCUGCGUUCUUGCUAACUCGCCGGAAGUGGACCGGCUGAAAAUCUCCAAGUGCGAAUGGCAGUCUAGUGGCACAAAGUCGCUGAGCAAGUGGAAUUUGUGAGCAUUUAAACAUCGUGUUUGAAGAAAUCGCCUCUUGUGCUCUCCUAUUCGUGUAAAUAUUGAUUGAUUGAAUCAGAUGUUUAGCUAUUUUGUCGAUUGCAUUUAGAAGAAGUAAGAAAAAUGAUAUUAAUGCCUGAGUUACUUAUUUUGUAAAUAUAAUGCUACAGUUACUUGGUGUGUAUUUAUGACAGCAUCCAUCACAGUGAAAUAUAUGUAAUCUUUUUUGUCAUAAUGUUACUUAUUUUUGGAUAAUAAAUAUACAUUGAUUAUUGAUAA